AAAAAGGCGCUGUUGUAGGCUCCAAAAUAAACACCUGAAUUCGUGAUGGCAUCGACAGAGGCUCUUAAUGGAUUAAAAGUUUCAAAACAAACAAUAACGCUUUGGAAAAAGGGUUGAAUGUCUGCCUGUACUUUCAGGCAUGACCAUGGAGAAAAGUGGGAACAUACAAUUGGAGAUCCCUGACUUCAGCAACUCUGUUCUAAGCCACCUCAACCAGCUACGGAUGCAAGGCCGUCUCUGUGAUAUUGUGGUCAAUGUGCAAGGACAAGCUUUUCGGGCUCACAAAGUAGUACUGGCUGCCAGCUCUCCUUAUUUCCGGGAUCACAUGUCCUUGAAUGAAAUGAGUACUGUGUCCAUUUCUGUCAUCAAGAACCCUACUGUUUUUGAAGAGCUCCUUUCUUUCUGUUACACAGGGCGGAUAUGCCUGCAACUAGCAGAUAUUAUCAGCUACCUAACAGCCGCUAGUUUUCUGCAGAUGCAGCAUAUUAUCGACAAAUGUACACAGAUCCUAGAGGGCAUUCAUUUCAAAAUUAAUGUGGCUGAAGUUGAAGCAGAAUUAAGUCAAACGAGGACAAAGCACCCAGAGAGACCUCCAGAGUCUCACAGGGUUACACCAACUCUAAACCGCUCACUUAGCCCAAGACAUAAUGCUACAAAGGGAAACUGGAGGGGACAGGUCAGUGCUGUGCUGGAUAUCAGAGAGUUCAGUCCCCCUGAGGAAUCUACCAGUCCUCAGAUAAUCGAACAGAGUUCUGAUGUAGAGAGCCGGGAGUCCAUUCUUCGAAUCAACAGAGCAGGACAGUGGUAUGUGGAAACAGGAAUAGCAGACCAGGGGGCACGGAGUGGAGAUGAAGUUAGGGUCCUUGGAGCAGUGCACAUCAAAACUGAAAAUCUGGAAGAGUGGCUUGGGCCAGAGAAUCAGCCUUCGGGAGAAGAUGGGAGUAGUGCAGAGGAAGUCACAGCCAUGGUGAUUGACACCACAGGCCAUGGUUCUAUAGGACAGGAAAGUUACAAUUUAGGGUCUUUAGAAGCCAAGGUAGCUCGGCCAACCAGCAGUGAAGUUGACAGAUUUAGCCCCUCCGGCAGUGUUGUUUCCAUGACAGAAAGAUACAGAGCCAGAAGUGAAUCUCCUGGGAGAAUGGAUGAGCCUAAGCAACUUAGCUCCCAGGUAGAAGAGUCAGCAAUGAUGGGAGUAAGUGGCUAUGUGGAAUAUCUCCGAGAACAGGAAGUAUCUGAGCGGUGGUUCCGGUAUAAUCCCCGUCUCACCUGCAUCUACUGUGCCAAAUCUUUCAACCAAAAGGGAAGUCUGGACCGCCACAUGCGCCUGCAUAUGGGAAUCACACCAUUUGUCUGCCGAAUGUGCGGAAAAAAGUAUACCCGGAAAGAUCAGCUGGAAUAUCAUAUCCGCAAGCACACAGGCAACAAGCCCUUUCACUGUCACGUUUGUGGCAAAAGUUUUCCCUUCCAGGCCAUCUUGAAUCAGCAUUUUCGAAAAAACCACCCUGGCUGUAUUAUACCCCUGGAAGGGCCUCAUAGCAUUUCUCCUGAAACAACUGUCACAUCUCGGCAAGCUGAAGAAGGGUCACCUACACAGGAAGAAACAGUUGCUCCUGGAGAAUCUGCCCAGGGCUCAGUGUCUACUACUGGGCCAGAUUGAAACAUUGAGGGGGCGGAGGCAGACCCUCUUCCCCUUUGGGCCGCAACCAGCCCAUAUCAGGACCAUGGGCUGGUACUUCGAUUCACAAAAUGCCACAUUGCUCAACUAGAAGAUGUUCCCAUGGUGUUGCCAAAUUAGAGGGUCAACAUGCAGCAAGCACUAAAGGCUCUUCUCUUUCCCACCUCACACUUUGGAAAAUAAUCAAGCAAAUCAGCUUCUAAUUCAGGGAUCAACAGCCUUGGUUUGUUAACUUUAUAAGAAAAAAAUGUUUUUAACAAAACUGAUCAGUAAAUGGUCAUUUAUCUACCAGUCACGAUUGAACACUGUACGUAGGUCCAUAUCAUCUUGGUGGGUGAAAUCCUAGACCUUUAAAAAAAAAUAAGCGCAGCAGGAUCUUUGGCCAACUG